AUGUCAAGAGUACUUAGGACAAGAACAAGGUCCCAUGAUAUCGCAGUAAAAGAGGAACCAUCUGUCACACCAACGCCGACUCCAGUAACUCCAUCGCUGCGAUCUACAAGAACUCGCAGAAAACGUAAACAAGAAUCAGAUGAGGAAGUAUCGGAUUUGAAUGAUGAUGAAGGUGAAUUGCAUGCAUCCAAAAAUGUGGAAGGAAGACCCUUCGAGAUCAUAGAUUUCUUACCUGCAUCCAUCGAUCCACCAAAUUAUAAUUCUGCAUUAACACAUCCAUUAUCCGUGAAGGACUCAGCUGUACUUUAUAACUCCUUAAUUCAAUCACGUAAGACGUGGCUAAAAGGUGAAAUGUUCGAGUUAUAUUGGAUACGGCCGCAGAGAGAUCCUAAUCAUCCAAAUCCUGUCGCUAAUGCUGGUAUUAGAGAUAGAAUGCAAAAAAUGUGUGAUUGUACAAUGGUUGCAGGUCCACACAAAUUUGAUAUAAGAUUGUUUAUCUUGAAGGAUGAAGAGAUUGAAGCUAAAUGGCAAGAUGAACAGGAUCGAGUGAAAAGAGAAAGAGAAGAGAAAAAAGUAGAAGCAAUUGAGGAAAAGAAGAAACGAAUAGAAGACAGAAAACAACAAGCAUUGCUAAGAAAACAAGAAAAGGAACAAAAAUCCUUACAAUUGAAAGAGGAACGUUUAAAGGUUAAAAAAGAACAAGAGCUAACGAAGAUACGAUUAAAGGAAGAAAAGAAAAGGAAGAAAGAAGAAGAACGUUUGUUAAGGAAACAAGAGAAAGAGAGAAAAGCCAAAGAGAAACAAGAAUUGGUAAGACAAAAACAAGAAUUGGCAAAACAGAAACAAGAAUUAGCAAGAAAAAAACAAGAAUUAGCAAAAGAGAAAAAGAAAGAGAAGGCAACUUUGAAGGCUAACUUAAAAGCAAAUUCGAAAGCAAAUUCGAAAGCAAAUUCGAAGGCUAACGCUACAUCUAAGACAAAAAAGAAUUCGAAUCCAGUUAGUUCCAAUAUGAUAUCUAACUUAAAUCGUAUGGCUCAAAGUGAUCCUGCAUUGAAUAAACUUAUGAACAGAGUUGCUAAAAAUGAAGCUACAGAAGAAGAAGUUAAAAGGUUUAAAGAAAUUAUGGAGAUUGCCGAAAAGAUGGGUGCACCUCCACCUCCUAAGAACAGUAAAUCACAGGAUCCUAAAACAAAGCUGCCGAUUGUUCCACUAAAAAACAAAUCUCCUAACAACAUUUCAGGAGAUGACGGUGAUAAAAGUUCAAGCGGAAUUCCAGAAAAGUCCCAACCUCAAAAAGAUGAGAGGAGCCAGAAGGAGCACAGUGAACACAAAGAUCAGAAAGUCAGUGAAGAAGAGAAGAAUGGCAAUAAUGAUGAAUCUAAAGUGGAAACAUUGAAGAUAACAUCAGAGUCCGAUCAGUCUGACAAGAGUGAAGUAAAAGAAAACAUUUCUCCUUCCACAGACCUCGAGGAAGGUGAAAAGAGGGAGACUGUGUCAACGAAAGAAGACGAGUUAAUGAAAAAUAAAGAAUCAGUAAAGGAAGUGGAACAAGUAACGAAAGAACUGUCAGCAACAAAAACAACGAUUAAUGGAGAAGAAAGCAUCACUGUGCAAGAUUCAGAUAUUAUACCAAACAAGUCAAUUGAAGUAUCAAAUAUAACUGAUCUGAAGUCCAGUGUAGCUACAAGACCUGAAUCUAUGGAUCAAGAGAAUGGAAGGGGUGAUGAAGAAAAAACUAUCGAAGUAAAAAGUGAAAACAACGAUUUAGAUGUGAAUAAACCUCAUAAGAAAAGAAGGAAUUCGAAGAGAGAUAGUAUUAGUGGGAAUAUAACUGAGGAACAAAAAUUGACAGCAUUUCAACAAAAAUAUGUUGAGGGUGCCCACUUAGUAUUAGAAUAUGUCGAGUUUACAAAUUUUAGGUAUCGUUUGCCUAACGACUGUGUCAUUGAAUUCGAUGAAAAUGAGGGUAGGUUUAUUAUAUCAUGGAUUGUAAUACACAAUUUGAAAGAUAUUGCCAAGUUUUCAAGGAAGAAGAAGUUAAAAACAGUGAACGAAGCAUUGUUCUUGGAUGGUUGUCCAAUUCCGUUGUUUAGCACGAUGGAUUUAUCCUUGUAUGAUAUCCCUACCAGAUUUGAACCGAUUGUUAAAAAUAGCGUUAAACCACUUGACGAAGUACAUAGAGUGAUGGAACGGUUAUUAGAAAUAGGUACAAGAUUAUCUGGAUAUAAUUUAUGGUAUCAAUUAGAUGGGUAUGACGAUAUGGAGAGAGCGGAAGAUCUAAGAAUUGAUCUAAAUGACUAUGAACAUUCCUUGAGAGGUAAAAGACAAAAGAAGAAUAUGUAA